AUGGGCCAGUGCCAUUCUGCAGGACAUAUCUCGCAUCUCAACACCUACGAUCACCAUAACUUGCAACUAUUUAUGCUAGAGCCACAGCCCGCAACCACGGUGGUUUUCAAGACGUCCAAAGGGCCACUUGAGUUGCAAUUGUGGACGAAGGAGAUAGUAUGUGCUCGAAAAUUCGUUGAAAAAUGCUCCACGGGAUUUUCAGGUGGUUUAACGUUUUCCAAGGCUGUCCACGAUAAUGUCAUUGAGGCUCAAGCCAGUACAAUUGAGUACGAUAUGGACCUUGAGAGUCACCCAAGGAUCAAUUUUAGCCAGAGAGGGUACGUAGGAGCACUCAAGGACGAAAAGAGUGGGAAGUUCAGUGCUGAUGGGAUCUUCAUAACGAUGAAAGAAUUUCCUACUUUUCACAAAAAAUAUACUGUGAUAGGAAAGGUCACCACAGACACAUUUUUUACUGUUCUCAAGAUAACAGAGGGCGAAAAUGAAGAAGGAAAGCUUGUUUAUCCUGUUAGUGCUACGCCUAUAAGCAUUGAUGGAGAUGAAACUAAAGUUCAAGUCAUAGAACCAAGUCUGGUUCGGUCUGAAAAUUUUCAACAAACUGCUAAAAAGACAAAGCGGAGGGUUGCGUUGGACUAUGACGAGCAACCAGACAUCGAGGUGAAGAGGGUGAAGAUGAAACUGGCGUACGAAUUGUUGGGGGAGAGGAAAAAAAGUGAAGAAAAAAGUGGACAAAAGAGUGAAGUAAAGAAGGAAGAAGGUGAACUGAAGAGUGAAGAAAAGAGAAAUGAACAAAACCGUGAAGUAAAGAAUGGUGAAAAGACACAGAAUGAGGACAAGAAUGCUGAAAAAGUUAAUGAGAACGACGACAAAGACAAGAAUGAAAAUGACAAAACGAAAGAAGAGAAGUAUAAUGAUAGAGAAACAACAAAAAUCAAUGAUGCUGAACCGCUAGCAGAGCCAUCUGAGUUAUCAAAAAACAAAGAUAUACGGAGUCAGAAAGAAAUCACUUUCUUACAAGAGCCAAAGAGCAGAGAUCAGUACAAACAGCUUUCCAGUACUUCAAAAAGACGACGAAGCUUUGCCUAUAAUCCAGCAUUGGAUUUCGACUCUUCAGAUGAAAAACCGCCUACUAAUUUGAAGACUCAUGUAUACAAGUGA